GUUUCUGAGCUCUGUAUAUAAAAUCUCUUAAACCCUACACUUCGUCUUCUUCAUUCUCUCACUGCCUCCUUUACUCUCAGUCACUGAUUCUUCAGCAAAAAACCCUAAUUUUCGGUUUUUCCUUUCGCUGAGAAAUGGCUUUCUGCAACAAGCUUAGUGGUAUUUUGAGACAAGGGGUUUCUCAGAGCUCAAAUGUUCCGAUGACAUCUAUGCUUGGCUCUCUUCGUUACAUGUCCACCAAGCUUUUUGUUGGUGGUCUCUCAUGGGGUACUGAUGACCAGUCCUUAAAGCAAGCUUUCUCUAACUAUGGCGAAGUGACAGAAGCAACGGUGAUUGCAGACAGAGAGACAGGGAGGUCAAGGGGUUUUGGAUUUGUCAGCUUCGACAGUGAGGAUUCUGCAAACACUGCCAUAACAGAAAUGGAUGGGAAGGAGCUGAAUGGUAGGAACAUUCGUGUAAACCUUGCAAACGAAAGACCUAGUGCUCCAAGAUCAUCAUUUGGUGGUGGUGGUGGUGGUGGCUAUGGUGGUGGAGGUAGUGGUGGCUACUAAAUCAGCUAGAUGGUUUGAGAGAGAGAGAGAGCUGCUAAUCAUCUUUCAAGUAGUAUUUAGUUAGCUAUCUAUGUUACUACAACAAACAAAAACCUUUGUUAACCCUGUGUUUGGUUUAUCUUUCAAUGAAUAUCGUAAUGUUGCUCCAUUCUCUGCAAAUCUAUUUUGCAUCGAGUUGAUUCGAUGUUUUAUUUCGUU